AACAGCCAUUCAUCUUUAGGCUACUAUGUGAAAUCUGGCUUUACCAAACACGCGCAACGAAACUUAAAAAGUAAUUUAUUUGUGUAUUGCCAGCAACAGUUGUUUAUAGUUUAAGUUGAACUCAAUGUCACGAGUUCUUAUAGUUGGUGCAGGGUUGACAUGCAGUUUAUGCGCUUGUCUUCUGCGAAGAGAAAUGCCAAACAAAGUUAUUGUUGUCUGGGACAAAUCGCGAGGAGCAGUUUCUAUGAAGAGCUGCUGGCCCAUGGUGUUCUGAAGCCACUGUUGUCCUCAGUGGAAGGCGAGGUGAGGGAUGGAGGCCAUAAAAACUAUGUCACUCCCAACAGGAGUGUCGUCCAUCGUCAACCAUUUCCUCAAGCAGCCAGAGGUGUUAUUUAACCACCAAGUCACCCACAUCUACCAGAAUGGCGCGAGCUGGGAGGUGUGUCGGAAGGGCACGGCCACGGAGCAGUUUGACGCUGUGGUCCUCACCGUGGCCAUACCGCAGAUCCUACAGCUGCAAGGAGACGUGGGCUCCUUGCUAGAGGAGAUUCCGCGGCAGCAGCUUGGGGCGGUAAGCUACUCGUCGCGCUAUGCGCUGGGCCACUUCUACAAAGCCCAGGCUCACUUCGACGUCCCCUGGGCCGCCAAGUACGUCUCCAAUAAUCCCUGCAUUCCCUUCAUCGACGAUCAAAAGCGCAAUUUAGAAUUCCCAGAGUGCGGUCCCUCCAUGGUGGUCCACAUCAGUGUUCCAUUUGGUGUCAAACACCUGGAGGAGGCCAAGGAGCAGGUGGAGCCUAUCAUCCUGGUGAAGCUGAACAAGCUGCUGCCUGGCUUGCCACAGCCCGACAGCAUCAAGUGCCAGAAGUGGAGAUACUCACAGGUGACGAGCUCGGUGGCCGACUGCCCAGGGCAGAUGACGCCGCUGUCCCAGCCUCUGUUGGUGUGUGGGGGCGACGACUUCACACAUUCCAAUUUCGACGGCUGUAUCGAGUCUGCCCCGAAGGUGUUUGACGUUCUGAAGUCCUCUCUCUGAUGCCUUAAGGGGUGGUAGGGGGGGUGGGAGUAUAGUGUGGGGGCCUCUAUGUGUACAGUAUGCUAGCCCAGAGAGGGGGGUACUGCCAUUGAUCCAUUACCCUACC